AUGACGAAGGCGCGAGAAGAUGCUGUGAAGCUCAAGGAUCAGGGUAAUCAGUAUUUGAAGGAAAACAAGUAUGAAGAAGCGAUAGAGUCAUAUACAAAAGCUAUAGAGCUAGAUCUGGAAAAUGCCAUAUUCUACUCUAAUAGAGCACAAGCUCAUAUCAAGAUGGAGAGUUUUGGCUCGGCCAUACAGGAUUGCGAUGCAGCUAUUUCUCUUGAUCCGAACUUUAUGAAAGCGUACUACAGGAAAGGUGUUGCGCAAAUGGCUAUUUUAAAAACAAAACAGGCACAACAGAACUUCAAGUUAAUAUUGACAAAGUUACCCAACGAUAAGUUGACAUUGGAAAAUUAUAAAAGAUGUACGAAUCUUUUAAGAAGACAGGCUUUUGAAAACGCGAUUGCGGGAACUGAUCAUACUCUGGUAUUGAAUUCAAUCGAUUAUGAAGGCAUACAAGUGGAGAAGUCGUGGGAGGGCCCAAGCUUGGAUAUAACUACAAGAAAAGAGUCAAAGAGUAAAGACGCAAGCAGGGACGUUUUGGUAGAUAUUAAAGGAUUAGAUCACCUGUAUCUAAAGUAUAUGAUCAAAUUAUUCAAGGAAGGUGGGAAAUUACCCAAAAAGCAUGUGUUUGCCAUCAUAUCCAAAGUUAACGAAUUGUUGAAGAAUGAGAAAUCAAUGGUGGAGGUUUCACUCAAUCACAGCCAAAUAGGAAGGGCUAGCAAUUCUGACGACGAGAUUGUUGGAGGGAAAAAGUUGACAGUGGUUGGUGAUACGCAUGGUCAGUUUUAUGAUGUUUUGCAUUUAUUUGAAAAAUUUGGUCACGUUUCGGAAGACCAUGUGUUUGUUAUAAACGGAGAUUUUGUUGAUCGUGGUUCAUGGUCCACGGAAGUUGCAUUGUACUUUUACGUGCUCAAAAUACUUUUUCCCAAGUCGAUUUUCAUUAAUAGAGGUAAUCAUGAAACCAGUGACAUGAACAAGACAUAUGGUUUUACGGAUGAAUGUGAAGCUAAGUACUCAAAAAAGAUUUUUGACGCUUUUAGUGAGUCUUUUGGGGCAUUACCCUUGGCUACUUUGAUUAAUAGAGAGUACUUGUGUCUUCAUGGGGGACUUUUUUCAAAUGAUAAAGUAACGUUACAGGAUAUCAAGUCCAUAGAGAGGUUUAGCUCGAUCCAACCAAAGGAAGGUGUUGCCACAGAGAUGCUCUGGACGGACCCCCAGGAAAUCAAUGGUAGAGCGCCUUCGAAAAGAGGAAUUGGUAUUCAAUUUGGUCCAGAUAUAACAGAACGUUUUUGCAUGUCUAAUAAGAUUCGUAAAAUUUUGAGGUCUCACGAAGUGAGAAUGGGGGGUGUUGAGUUUGAGCAAAAUGGAAGGUUAAUCACUGUAUUCAGUGCUCCCAAUUAUUGCGAUUCCACGGGGAAUUUGGGAGGUGUUUUGCAUUUUGAGGAAAACCCCAAUUACGAUCCACUAAAGGAUGAAGGAGAAGGAUAUAGAAAGGUUGAUGAUGAUAAUUGUCCGUGGAUAUUAACUACAGAGACUUUUGAGGCUAGCCCUCAUCCAGAUAUAAAGCCAAUGGCUUAUUCAAAGGGUGCUUUUGGAUUUUAA